AUGGCAGUAAAUAAUACUAAUCCAACGGACAAAUACAAACGAAUACAGGGCGCUAGCUUAUCUGUAGGAUCGAAAAAGUAUCCAAUUUUUAAGGGUAUUAAUACUAUCGGACGAAAUAAAGUUGCUAUUGUAAAUAUAAAACACCUGAAUGUGAGCCAAAAUCAAGCCAUAAUUACCAUAGUGGAUGAUAAUCAACACUUCAUAAGCGAUUUGAAUUCCUCAAAUGGAACAUAUUUAUGCAAAUCAAAGCUGAUACCAUUUAGAUUGUAUGAAAUAAUCGAUAAUUCCGAAAUACAAUUUGGGGAUGUAUGUAGUCUAUAUAAAAAGAUUACGGGUAAUUCUGUAAUACAUAUUAAUCAUAGCGAGGAGAGAAACGAAUUGACCCAAAAUGUAACUCAAAACUUCUAUGUUACUGAUACACAACUAAUUAACGAAGUUGUUGUAGACGAUAUUCACAAUGAGCCAACUCAGGUAGUAAUUACAUCUAACAAUUCAACAAGAAACGCAAGUGAUACCACUUUCGAUACGCAAUUCCACGAUGCACCGACCCAAAUAAUAGAUUUAAAUGUAAAUAGAAAUGAAGCAGUAAGUGCUAAUACCCAGUUUCACGAACAACCUACACAAAUAAUAAAUUCAAAUGAAUAUAAAAACAACGAUGAUAUUCAAGUUUGCGAACAACUCCCUCAAAUUGCCGAAGAAAACGAGAAUAUAUCGGAUACAAUCAUUUCGCAGCAAUCCACUCAGGAAAUGCCAACCGAGGAAAUUCAAAACAAUGAUAAACAAACCGAAAAUGACGGUAAUCCUGUUGGUGCAAACGAAAGUGUUAAAGUUUCUAAUAGAAAUGCCAUCCACGAUAGUCAAAUUCCUUCUACUUCUGCUGCACAGCAACAUCUUCCUGAUGAUUCGUUUAACACUCCGUCGAAACCCGGCUGUUACGAUCGAACAAUAGACGAAACUUAUCAAGAAGAGCUCAGUAACGAGUCGAUAGAUUUACUGCAAAAUGACGUUAGUAUAGACAAUCAAUCCGAAGUGAACGGAGAUUCGACGGAUUGCAGUACAAGCUCCGAUAUUGUUAAGAAAAGAAUUAAACCCGUGCCAAAAUUACCUUGUACACAACUUACUGCUGAUUCUGAAAUGAGCUCUCAAGACGUUGGCUGUAGGAAAAAGCCCUGCAGGCCAAUCGAUUCCGACUCUGAUACAGAUAUAGACGAGCCGGUUUGUAGUAAAAAAGAAGAACCAUCUGAUGAAAAUCCAAAAGCGAAUCUUGAUGUAAAUGAUUUGGGCUCGGACACCGAUUGUGAUGAUUUAGAUUGUAUUCCAGCCACGCAAGAUGCAUUCGCGAAAGCCUUGGAUUAUCAACCGAUUAAAUCCCAAAAUUCAAAUCAUUCAUCAUCGGGGAGUUUUAAAUUAGGCCUGACGGAGCUCAUUUGCUCCCAAAACAGCGAAGAAGUAAAAGAAAGCCAAAACGCAAGCAAGGAAGGCAAUAAUUCUUGUCCUGAAAAGAGCCAAGAGAGCGACAAUUCCAAAAAAUUUACUUUUAAAAAGAAAUCUCACGUUCUAAACGGAUCCUUAAACACUGCUUUAGGUAUAAACAAAUCUGAUUCACCGAAUAAAUCUAAUUUACACGAAGAAAGUAUAGUCGAACCUACUCAGGAAAUGUUAGAAGAUUUUAAAAACAUUUGUGCAGAAAGUACGCAGAUCAUACCAAAAAAUACUGAUGAUAAAAAAUUACCCUCACAAGAACAUAACAUUAAUGAAGAUGACGAUGAUGAUAUCAUAAACCCUACGCAAAAAUCGGAGGAGAAAACUGAAGAAACUCAAAUUGACGCGCUCUUCUUAGAGCCAACUCAAAGAGUCGAUAACGAUGAUAUUUUCAUUGCACCCACGCAAAUCAUUGAGAAUAAUGCUCAAAAUGUAGCUGAUAAUGAUGAAAAAGAAACCCAAGAAAUUAAAUUCGAAUUCCUUAAGCCUGCCUCGAAAGAAGAUAGUCAAUCGACACAGCCAGUUCGAGAUGAUGAUAUUUUCUUGGCACCUACCCAAGUUCUCCGCGAGGAUAAAACUCAAAAUUUCGGAAAAUCUCAAUCCACAAACGAUGAGAACAUUUACAUUGCUCCUACUCAAGUUCUCGAUCAAAACGAAACACAAAAUGAUGACCUACCGAUGACUCAAGACAAUUUGUAUAUACAGCCUACUCAAAAAAUUACUACUGAGGAAAUAAUUGUUGAAAGCAAGAAUAAUAUAGAAGAAAAGGAAACUGAAGAACUACCUAUUAGUAGCAAAGUUGAGGAGAAAACAGAAGCAAAAACGACUCGUUUAGAAACAAGAAGAAAGCUAGAUAAAAUUGAAGAAGCCAAUGCAAUUUCUUCGAGUGAUUCUUCUAAAGCUCCUCAAGAAGAUACGCAAUUGGAAAUGCCCUUUGGAAGCCAAAUUGAAAUAGUACUAACCGAUGUAUCCGGACGUCCUAGAAACCCUUUACUUUCUGAAUUAAAUAAAGAAAAACAAGAAGAACGAUCGGAAACUCUCAGUCAAAUUGAAGCAUUCGUACAAAUGCCACUACCAAAACCAAAUUUGAAAAGAGCAACAAAAAAGGCGUCUGCAGUGGAAAGAAAAAGUAAAAAAACAGAGCUUAAGGAAUCUUCAGCUACGACUAACACUAUUCGAAGGAGCCGAAGAAAUCAAUCGACUAAUAAUGAAGCUGAUGAAGAAACUGCAACAGCGGGCGAAGCGAAAAGGACUCGUCUGGAAAUAAAAACCGAAUCAAUUUGCUCGAAUGAUUCUUCCAAGCCGGCUCAAGGAAGAAGAACUAAAAAACCAUCGAGUAGCAGUAAAGUAGAAAAAGUUUUAGAUACAAAAACCCGAAAGAAUCUGAAGAGAAAAGGCGACAAUGACCGUAAUGACGAAGUUUGCAGUGAAAACAUCAGUAAUUCUAGCGAAAACGAUUUCGAAACUCCACAAUUUUCGCCUGCCAAGCGCUCUCGUUUAAGGAACAAGACUAAAAAUGAAGAUGGUGUUCGAGAACGCAGUACAUCCAGCAGAUCGGAUGAUUCCAUCAGCAAAAACCCGUCUUUUACAUCUGAGAGAUCCAAGCGAAAUAUCAAACCUAAGGUGGUCUUUACAAUGUUGGAUAACCCCCAAUUGGAAUCGUACAUCAAACAUUUGGGUGGCAGCAUUGUCGACUCAGUUUCCGCCGCAACGGUGCUGGUUACCGGAAGUGUUAAAAGGUCUCAGAAAUUGCUGAGCGCCAUUGGACAGGGCAAGCCCAUUUGCGGUCCGGAUUGGAUACAUUCUUCGAAAGCGAAUCGCAAUUUCCUAGAUCCUUGGGAUUGUAUAUUGGUAGAUAAAGAGGCGGAGGAGAAGUGGGAUUUUUCUUUGAAGGAAUCGUUGAGACGAGCCGUUAAUAAACCGUUGUUAUCUAAUUAUUCGUUUAAAUUGAUGGUUGCAACCGCUGCGGAUGUUUUGAAAGGUGCUAUCGAAGCGAGUGGUGGAAAAGUGGUGUCGAAAAUUCCAGAACAAUCUCUACUCGAUAAUUUUUACAUAAUCUCCACGUCAGACCAAAAAGCUAAGUACCAAAGGUUGCGAAAGAGCCAUCCGGACAUUAAAAUUUUGGAACCGGAGGCUGUUUUUGACGGUGUGCUAAGGCAGGAAUUUAGAGCAUCGAAACAUUUAAUCAAGUAG